AUGAAAUCAGCAUCUAAAAAAUUGAACUUGAAGAAGCCAACACCAAAAGUGAAAGUAAACAUGAAGAGGCAGAUAUAUAAGGAAAUCAAAAUUCUGAGUUCCAAAUAAAUCAAGCCUAACUAGGAUGAAAACGCUUACUUCAAGCCUCAACAAGAAAGGCUCCUUUGGCACAGUGAGUAGUACAAGGUCCGAUCGGAACUUUCUUGAUAAUUUUGAGGAAGCAAUCAACCAAAAGAACCAACCAAGAAAUAUAGAGGAGGAUAGGAAAGCACUUGCUUGAAUCCAAACAAAUAUUCAUCGUAAAAGUCAGCAACUUCUUGAAGAGAGAAAAAGAAUUCAUGGUUCGUGUUUUGUCACAUUUGCAAAUGAAGUAGAGACCCUAAAAAGCAGCAAUGCUUCCUCAAGGUCCAGAGGAAGAAAAGAUUCGAAUCAUAAACCAAAAACUAAACAUUUGAGGAGAAGAACAACUAUGUAUAAACCAACCCCAAACUUGAAACCCAAUAUUGGAAAUAGGAGGUCUAAAUCUGGAGAAGGGCUGGAAGUCAUUCUAAGGAAAUUUAAGAAAGAUGCAAGAAGUAUGUCAAUAAUGGCUCAUAACACCAGAAGUUUCAAGAGGAGGAACUCUCAAAUGAUGAAGACUAAUAAUGCCAGCCCAUUUAUAAAGAAUAAAGGGUUCUUUAUCACUCAAAAAGCCGAAUCCCCGAUUAGGAUAAACAAAGACAAGAAAAUAAAUAAUUUUGUCUUUCCAAAGGAGAAUAAAAAGUUUGAAAGUGUAGAUAAAAAGACUCAAGAGUCGACUGAGAAGUUUACCGAUUUCAUGUUUAAUACCUUUAUGGUUAAGUCUGUUGACAACUACCUACAUCGUCAGUCUGAUGGUUGAAAAGAGUAA